AUGAAAGCACAAUAUCAAACACGUGAUGGUACGCUGCGAGUGAUUCGACCGCUCAUAUUCGUUCGUGAGAAAGCUUUGCGUGAAUUUGCUGAAUCUAAAGGACUUCCUGUAGUAGCCGAGAAUUGUCCAGCAUGUUUCAAUCAGGCAACUGAACGGCAUCGAAUUAAACAGCUCCUGGCUCAACAGGAACUUAUCUUUCCCGAUCUCUUCAAUUCUCUUCGAUCGGCUCUUCGGCCCCUUCUUUUAGUCGAUUCGGCAAGAACAGACGAGAUGAGAGCGUUGGCAAUAGAGAAUAUAGUAAAGUUCAACAAGGGGAAAGCCAAAUAG